GGGCCACGGUCAGGCACCAGUAGAAGCAGCGCCCCCGCCCCACUGCUGUAGAUGUAGAAGGACUGUUCCAAGGCGGAUCCCCUGCGGUGCCAUGGGGGAGGAGAGAGGAAAAGAGAGGCUGGUAGACAAGUGGGAAGGGAGGGAGAGAGAGAGAGAGAGAGAGAGUCUACGAGAAGCUGGGGUAGAGUUUCCGUGGCCCCUGGCUUGACGCGGGCUGGGCGCUACUCGGGGCACUGACGUUGUAUCCAGCUCCUCUACGGUGGCCUACAGGAACCCAGAGUACUCUGUGCUUGCGACUCACUGCCCUGUGGAGCCUGUCAGACGCUCCGCUGGCCCCUACUCGGGGAGAGCCACUGGCGUGGGGCCUGGCUCCUCUAACGAGGAGACUCACGUCACGUGCCUGCCUUUCCUCGCUAGAGGAACAAGGCCCCCACGGCUAGUGGCCCACGGAGUGCCAGCGGAACGACUUGCAACCCCCGGAGGGCAUCGAGUGACUCCCUUCCCUGCGGGGCCAGCCAGCCGCUCCGCUGGCCCCUGCUCGGGGAGAGCCACUGGCGUGGGGCCUGGCUCCUCUAACGAGGAGACUCGCGUCACGUGCCUGCCUUUCCUCGCUAGAGGAACAAGGCCUCCACGGCUAGUGGCCCACGGAGUGCCAGCGGAGCGUCCUACAACCCCCGGAGGGCAGCAAGCACCCUCACCCCUCUCUACGACCCCCGUGACGUCCCUGGGACUCACACGCGCAUUGCCCCUCCCACUCCCAGCCCCACCAGACGGGGGGGGGACCUCCUCGUCAUGUGACGGAGCAAACCCGUCUCGGAACGUGGUGGUGCGACCAGGUGCGCGCGCGAACCAGACGGGUCGCGCGAGUGCGAGUGCACCCCCCCCUCCCUCUGGACACACCCCCCCGCCAGGAUCAACACCUCAAGGGAAAAACCCCGUCGCGGGACCCCCCCACCCCCGGGCCGCACGAGGAACGCUCACCAACACCACCAAAACCGCGCGCGCGUGCUCCACCAUGGCCUCUAAAAUCACCACCCGCGAGCAGGCUGCAGGCCUCCUCGACUCCUACGACUACUUUUUAUUUGACUGUGACGGCGUGAUCUGGCUCGGCGACCACCUUCUCCCGCUGGUGGCCGAGACCAUUGCCCUUCUCAAGAGCAGUGGCAAGACCGUCAUCUUUGUGACCAACAACUCGUCGAAGGCGCGCUCCGACUACGAGCGCAAGUUCGCCAACUUGGGGAUCCCCGGGAUCACCCGGGACGAGGUGUUUGGGUCGUCGUACGCCCUGGCGGUGUAUGUGGAACGGAUCCUCCAGCUCCCCAAGGACAAGAAAGUUUGGGUUUUGGGAGAGAAGGGGAUUGAGAAGGAAUUGGCAGAAAUGGGGUAUGUCACUGUGGGCGGUACCGACCCGGACCUCACCAGUGGCGGCGUUGAGUUCGACGCAGAACAUCCACAAUUGCGCCACUUGGACCCCGCCGUUGGGUGUGUGGUCGCCGGCUUGUCGCUCACAUUGAACUACCUCAAGCUCCUGAUCACGUUGCAAUACCUCCUCAAGGACAACAAGUCGAUCCCCUUUGUGGCCACCAACAUCGACCUGACCUUCCCCAUGAAGGGUCAGCUCUUGAUUGGUGCCGGCAGUGUCAUUGAAACGGUUUCCUUUGCCAGUGGCCGCCAGCCGGACGCCGUAUGCGGCAAGCCCAACCAAUCGAUGAUGAACACCAUCAAGGAGAUGCACCCGGCGCUCAAGGCAACCCCCAAGCGUGGGUUGAUGGUUGGGGACAGACUCAACACCGACAUGCGGUUUGGCCGCGAGGGCGGCUUGGACACCUUGUUGGUGCUCACAGGCAUUGAGACCGAGGAGUCCGUCUUGGCCCAACCGGCCGACGUGGCCCCCACCUACUACGCCUCCAAGUUGGGCGAUUUGUUUGAGUUGACCCGCUAAGUCGCCGCCCGCCCCGGCUCUUGCUGGGGGGGACCGGCCAAGACAGUAGAGAUCUAUAGAGUAGAAUAAGAUAGAGUAUACAGGA